ACUCAGUCUCAGACCGUUCAUCAGUAGAGCUCAGGAUAUCAUGGAGACCGAUAUUAAGAUGAUAAUCUGCAUGGCCCUUGCUAUCGUACUGACAGGUGUGGGACACUCUGCAUUGACUGGGAAGAGCCACAGCAGAGGGAGCGACAACCCGAUCCUGCAGUAUGUAGUGAACAACUCACUCAGGGAGCAUCCGGUGCUCACCAAGCUCAAACUGAAAACCUUUGAAGAUGAGUGGAGCAUCAUGAUGGUGUCUGCUGAACAAGCCCAGUUUAUGGCAAAUCUCAUUAAACUGAUAAAUGGAACUAAAGCUAUUGAAAUUGGGAUGUUAACUGGCUACAACACACUGAGCAUGGCUUUGGCCAUGCCGGAGAAUGGACACGUGGUGGCGUGUGAAAUUGAACAAAGCUAUGCGGAGAUUGGCCAACCAUUCUUCAGUGAGGCUGGUGUUGAAAGUAAGAUAGAUGUAAAGCUUCAGCCUGCCUUACAGACACUGGAUGAGCUGAUAGCAGCUGGGGAGGCUGGAACAUAUGACUUUGUGUUCAUUGAUGCUGAUAAAUUAAACUAUGAUAACUACUAUGAGAAGUCCCUUCAGCUCAUAAGAAAAGGAGGCAUCAUUGCGAUUGACAACGUGCUGUGGAGCGGACGGGUCAUAAAUCCAGCACAUGAUGACCACAACUCGCAGGCUCUGGACGCCCUUAAUAAGAAGCUCCACAAAGACGAGAGGAUUGAUCUGAGCAUGCUCACUGUGGCGGAUGGGCUGACCAUUGCUAUUAAACGCUAACUCACUGUCUGGAAGAAGUGAAUUGCCUCCUGUUGACCUGCAAUGAUGCAGUGAAUGCUGGUUUGAUUGCAGAUUAAACAUGUCAACCUUA